AUGUUGUUUUAAUAAACAUGGAUGGAUUUAAAAGAAUCUAUGAAUACUUCCUAUUACACGAGUUUCAUUUAUCUCUCUAUUGGAGCAAUACUAAAUACUUCUCCGCUUUUGGAAAUGUAUUACCUAUUUCUUAAAUAGAUAUCUAAAAAUUUCAGAUAAGAAUAACUAUUAACAAAAUUAACUUUACUUAAUAUUGGACUCCUUAAAUGUUGGCAAGUAUUUAUUAAAAUCUUCAAUCCUACAUUCAAUUUAUAUUCUAAUUGUAUUUGCUUUCAACAUAUUUAUCAUCCUUUUGUUCAUCAUCUUGUAUUACAUUAAGAAAAAAAAUACGAAGACAAACAUCGCUUUUACCAUUUAUGGCCAAGUAAUUCAUAAUGCAUAAUUAUAUAGAUCCUCGGAUAUAUAAUAUAGCCCUACUUUUGGUCGACAAAUGGAUUUUUAUUAUAAAUCUAAAACACUUAUUUGGAAUAAAUACAAAAUUUAGCUUUUAUUGUACUAGAUUGUAUUGCAAUCCUAUUAUAACUAUUAAUUUUAUUAAGCCUGACCCUCUUUCUGCAUUAUGAUCAUUCUUAAAAAAAAAACUUCUUAAAAAUUAAUUCCCCAAAAACUCUCAUGUUUUACAUUAUAACUAUUUAUUGUAAUAGCUGUUUAGAGUUAUUUAUAAAUUCUAGCAGUAAUUUGAGUGUAAUUAUCAAUUUUAUUAAAAGAUAGCAUUUCCAAUAGUAUUGGCUUUCUUAUUUUUAAUACUUUUUGCAUAAAUGCAUUAAGAUCUACCCGUUUUCUCAAAUAAAUACUUAUACAACUACUUUUAGAUUAUUAUUGGUCUGCAAUUUGCACUAGCUUUAAAUUUGUUAAUAUCAUACUUUAUUCACUUAUUUGAGGAUCGUUAUUGCAUAUAGGUUCUAUUAACUUUUAUACUUUUGAUUCAACUAAAUUCAAAAAUAAGAUAAUAUCUAAUAUUAAGAUCUAUCAUUAAUUAUAGUGCCACAAAAAUGAUUGAUUAAAGAACAAUAGUCUAUUUGAAAUAAAAUCCCUAAAAUUUGUUUUUGCUGAGAGGUAUUGUAAAUCUUCAUCAGUCUUUGUGUGUAAAUAUAAACUGUUUUUAUCGUUUAAAAUCUAUAUAUAAAAUAAGUUCUAAGGGAAAUAAAAAAAUAUAUAUUAAUAGAGAUGCAAUCUAUGAAAAUAUAGGUAGAAUUUCAACCUUCUUCUUAAAAUGCACAUAUGAAAAUGCACAACUUAAAAAAUAGGAUUAAAGUACAAAGAUACUCUUAAUUGAGUUAUUAUGUUAUAAGUUGAAAUUAUAUUCUGAAAGCUUGAUAUAAAUUGAUAAACUAAAUUCAGAUCAACUAAAUCUACUUCAACGGAUUAAUGUAACUAAUAUUAGAUUGAUAAUCUCCAGAUUAAUAAAAUAAAAAAAUGAAUAAUCUUAUAAAUCAAAAUUGCCAUUUGACCAAUUGCUUUUAUGUGAGUCAUAUAUCAAAUAAACAGUGGAAAUCGUGAUGAACAUUUUUGGAUAUUAAUUACAAUUUUGGAAUUACUUGUUAAAUGAAAAAAUUAGAUUAGCAGAUGAGCUAUCACUUUUAAAUGAAAUCAAUGAAUUAAUCAAAAAGUUUUAAAGACUAGAGAAAUUGAUCUUAAAUUUGCAUUAUAACCACAAGGUUCCUAUUAGGAACAAACAAUGGUUUAAUUACUUUUUCUUUAAAUUAUUCAUUUUAAAUAAAAAGUUAAAAUUGCAAGAGUUAGAAAUUCUACCCGAUUAUUAAAUUAAUUUAGAAUAAAUUAUAAAGGACGAUCAGAUAGACGAGAAGUCAUCUGACGAAGAACCUGUCAAUUAUUAUUAAUAAAGGUUUUUAAUAUCUGGCAAUACAUUUGUUAUUUAAAUUAACUAAGCCGGUAUCGUUAAGAAUUGUACAAAUAAUACCUAUUCAAUCUUAAAUUACAAUAGACAAACUUUAGUGAAUAGUUCUGCUUCUAUUUUAAUGCCGCAGAUGUUUAAACAGUAUCACUCAAAAUAUAUCAAUCACUUCUAAUAAACUGGACAAUCCUCUAAUUUAUACAAGAGAAAGAAGGCAUUCUGUAUGCAUGAUUCAGGAUAUAUUGUAAUUGUCUAUAAGUACCUGAAGUGUAUAUAUAAUUAUAAUUCAAAUUAAAUUGAAUACAUAGCCAUGUUUAGACAAAUACAAACAAAACAAGAGUAUUUACUAUUAAAUGAAGAUUGGGAAGUAGACUCUUGUACAUAAUUGUUAUAGGAUAUAAUAGGAAUAAAGUCUUUGAGCUUAUUCAUAUUGGCUCCUAAAACUAUUGUAUACUCUCAAUAUGAGAAAUUUUUGACCAAAGAAAAUAAAAACUUUUUUAGUUUAAAUGCUCCAAAUAUAGAGAAGAAUAUCUCUCGUUUAUUUUACACAUAACAAUCAUCUCCUAUGGUGAGAGGUUCAUUAACUUCUAGCAAUGGGUAGAUGUCGAUCUUGUAAAAUUAAGUGGAAUUGAAAAAGAGCUUCCAAAAUUUUUUAAAUCAAGAUGAUGUUAUUAAUUUUGAGGAUCAAUAAAAGUCAAAAGUAAAGCAAAUUUUGUUCAAUUUAAGAGUUCCAAAAUAGAAGUAUGAACUGGUUUAAGAAUUCUAAUCCAAAUUAUCCGAAUCUUAUAAGUAAGCAAUAUACUCAGAACCAUUUCGAAAAUAAUUAAUAGUGAAAAGUGCAUCUGGUAAAUUUAAAAUAGUGAGAAGUGAAUUUAUCAGGAGAUGUAAAGUUUACUAAGAAAUCAUUAAAAAAGAGAAAUUUCAAAUAAUAAGUAUGUUAUUUAAAGUUAAAGUAGAGGAACUUUUCUUAAAAUAUACUUAAUCCGAAGAUUGUGUUGAUAAGAUAUUAAGAAUAGAAGGGACAUUAAAAUUAGAGAAGACUUCAUAAUCUAAAAGAUACAUACUGAUUAAAAUAGUUAGAACUGAAGUUAUUGAAGAAAAUCUAAUGACUCAGAGAUAAAAUAGUUGUUUUACUUUAUCACUUUAAGCCCCUUAAAUGAUAUCCUCGGUAUGAUAUAUUGAACUAUCUUUAGUAGCCAACUAAAAGAACCUCUGUUACUCAACAAAGUCCCAGGAAUAUAAAUGUUACAGUCAAUGGUAAUUUUGUGAUAAUAAGUAUUAGAUUAAUUUGAUUUAUAUUCUAAUAGAGAGUCAAUGGGAAAGGUCUUAUUGUAAGAAGUGUAAGUGAAUUAAGACUUUAAUUAACAUGAUCACUAUAAAAAUAUCAAUUUUAUUACUUGUAAUAGUGAUCUUUUGAAGGAGGAUACAAACAAAAUUGAAAAAAAAAAUCCAUCCAUUAUUUAAUAUGAAUAUAUUAGUAGGUUCAUAUUUAUUUUGCAAAUUUUGAUAGUUUUUUUAAGUUUUUUCUUGACAUCAUUCAUUUACAACAAAAGCACAUUAAAUGAAUCAGUAAUUAAUAAUUAUAAUAUCUAGGUAAACUUAAUUGAUUAUCUCUUCCAGUAUUAAAUAAUAGUAGCAGAAUCAUAUAAUGCUUAGAUAGAUGUUGAAUUAUUUAAUAGAAAUUACACUUAAUCAAUCAUGACAUAAGGCGAUUUAAUUGGAUAUAAUUCAGCAGAGUAAUUUUACUAAUAUAAUCAAAACAUAACCCAAAAGUGUGGUGAUUACAUGUAUAUAGUUUUUUGGGAACCCAACUUUUUGAAAAUGCUUUAUGAGAAUUUUCAUAGUAACUCGAAUGAAAGUGGAUUAGAUAUUCAAACAGUUUAUUAAGCCAAUGUUUAUCUUUUAAAUAUGAUCUCUACUUAGGAGUUUAAAGAAGAUUUUGGAAUUUCAGAUACAUUUCGCAAAUAUAUGGUAUACAAUAAAUUCAUGUGAGUUAGAUUCCCCAAUUUUAAGAAAUCUAAGCCAAUUCAAUUAACCAUCUACUAAGCUAAGGUUUGGCAUUCUAAGAAAUUUCUAAUUCAAAUUUCAUACUGUUUCUAAUUAUAUAAACAAUCCUCCAGUUGGCAAGCUUGUUGUAUUUAAUCCGAUUUCAAUUUUUAAUAUAGAAACAAUAUAAUGUAGAGAAUUUAUUCAAUUUUCUUAAGGUCUUAUUCAGAGUUUAGGCUAUCAUACCUUUUAAAGAGAAGAUUGCUAUCUUAGAUAAAAUCAAUAUCACCAUAAAUCAGUUUUGUUAUGUGACCAAUUACGAAUGUAAAUUAUUAUUAUUAAUUAUUUCAAUAGAUGGGAAUAUAGAAGAAUUCAUUUCGAUGAACAAAAUAAACCCUUUAAGUAAGGCAAUUUCUAAAAGGAAUAGCAUGAAUUAGAAAGGGUUUGAAAAAAAGAUUUUGGAUGCAGAACAAUACAUUGAAUAAAUAGAUAAUAAGACGAAAAUAAAAUUUGAAUAACUAUCACAUUUCUACAGUUUGAAAGUAAAGUUUUUCUUAGUAUUGCUAGUAAAUAGCUGUUAAAAUAAUAGUAAAUCUACUGCUAAUUGCUUUGAUAAGCAUUGCUGGAGUUGUCACAAUUUAUUGUACUAUUAAUAAUAUAGAGCUGUUUAAUAACAAUUAAUUUAUGUUUAAUAGUUAAAACGCUUGGAUAUUACCUGCUCUAAAAGAAAUUUUUACGAGUUAAAACUAUGAUGAUUAUUCUUUUAAUGAUACAAAUGCUUUUAUAAUUCUUCAAACUUAUUUUGAUCAAAUAUAAUCAGAGUUUCCAGUUUACUACCAGUCAGAUAUUGAUGAAAUAAUCUACUUUUUUGAUAAUAAUAUUUGUGAUGGGGACAGUAAUAACUUUAUUUAUUCUCUUAAGCAUAAAUAAACAUUGAUUAAUGCACACUUAGCAUUAAUGGAGCGUUAACAAGAGGAAUCAGAGAAUAUGAUUAUUUACUAUCUUAGGUAGCUCUCAAAUUGUUACUCCCAAAAGACGAAAGAUAUGACAACAUAACGUAUUCUGCUAUAUAUGAGUUUAAUAAGGUAUUGCUAAUAUAAUUUAGUUAUAUUACUUCGUUUUUGAUCAUUACAUUCUUGCAAAGGACAAAUGGUUAUCAGUCUCGAAAGCAACUUUAGAAAAACAUGAUUACAUCAGUUUAAUAUUAUUGUAAUUAUCAUAAAAAUAUGAUAGAAUAACUGUUAUUAUAGGAAUGUGUCUUUAUUUUAUAAUAUUUAAUGAAAUUGGGUAUGUGUUGCUAAAAAAGAAAGAGUACAAAUUUAUAAAAAUGUUUUAUAAAUCAUUCAUGCCAAAUGUCUCAAUUAAUUAGCAAAAACGAUUAAGAGUCGAAUUAAUCAAAGCAAGAUUCAUUAGAAAAUGA